AUGUCUUCACAAUUCAAGGCCGUGGCCAAUGCCUCUCGUGAAGUGGGUCGUGAUCUUUUGCAGCAAGUGGGCUCACAAAUUAAUUUAUUGUCCAACAAUAUUGCAGGAAGUGGAGUUCCUUUGGAUUUCAAAACAACAGAUUUGAAAGACCUCGUGGGACCAUCCGAUGAUAAUCUCAUCCGAAUUUCUGAACAUGAUGAAGAGGAUGAGGUCUAUGACUCGGAGGAUGAUGCCAUUUUCAAACAAGUGGAACACAAUAAUAAUUUUCUUUCUUUUGAAAACAAUGAUGAUGAUGCUGUGGAGGAAUCGAAUCGAAGAACAUCCAUAACGACCAUGAUGGCCGGUCAAUGGGAAACUUUGGCACCAUUAUCGGAUACUGAAAUGAAUACUUCUAAUGCUUCCAACACAGCCAACAACGACAACGUAACUUUGACAACCACCACCUCAGCAACAACACCCUCUUCCCGAACAGGUAAAACAAGAAGAACCUAUAGAGAGGAAACUAUCGACAUUGAUGAGGAAGGCUCUUCUUCUCAACAACAAUUACCUCAAUAUGUAAGCCUUCGAACACAUCAGCCCAAUGAAAUUGAUCCAUCAAGCAACACCAACACUGCUACAGUCGAUGCACCAAUCACAAAAACCUAUGAACCAUCAUUGCCUCCCUCGUCUACUGAAAAGCCUUCUUCAGUGUCGUCGAUUAGAAAAGCUUGGCUCAUUCCAGUUUCUAUCCAUGAAGCAAUGGCAAAGCAUCAAGAUGAAGAUGAUGUGGAGCAUCCACCACAAGACCAAAAAGCUCUACUUCUUGACGUGAAUGAAGAUGGAAGUACAACCAAAAAACGUCGCCGUAAAAUUCGUUGGUAUCACACAAAAUGUUUUAUCAUUGGAAGUGCUAUUUUGUUGACCUUUAUUGCUAUUCUCACUAUCAUUUUAUCAUUCCUUAUUUUCUACAAGCACAAUCAUUUGCUGUUCGUGUGUGGAAGUGUUGAAUUUAUUGUGGUGAGCUUGUUUGAAGCAACAAUUUUAAUAUGUUGCAGCAUUGUUGCUUUUAAAUUGAAUGAAUGGUAUCAACAACACCAUGGUGAAGCUGCAUCUGACGAAGAUUUGAAAUUGAAAUAUUCUGAUAAUCCUGCAAGAGACAAAUUGAUUCUGAAAUUUCAAAACGCUACCGUUUUGGUAUCAAUUUGUUUAUUAAUUUUGUUGACUCUAGUUUAUGUUGGAGUAUUUUCUGGAUUAAUUUAUGCUGGUUAUUUAACAUUGGCCUCAUUUAGCGGAAAUGAGACAUACACGUCGCUUCGAAGUCGAGUGACAAUUGAAAAAGAAAAGGCAUCUCAGGUUUUACACAUUCAUGGAAAAACAGAUUAUGACGUAUUUUUUGCACAGGGUGUUAUGACCGCAAAAGCGAGACUAUUCCAAAUGGAAGUUUUAAGAAGAAUGGGACAAGGAACGCUUUCCGCUCUGGUUGGUGAGGAUGCUCUAGAAAUUGAUGUUUGGAGUAGAACGUUAGGUUUAUUGAGAUCUGCCAAAAAGAAUUUAAUGUACAUGGAUGAAAGAACUAACAAGACGUUGCAUGCUUUCUUUGAUGGUGUGAAUAGUUAUAUCAACAGUAAUCCAAAACUUCCUCCCGAGUACAGACUCUUCUAUAAGAAAAAAACUAUCCAUGUAUUUGAACCUGUUGAUGCAUUAUUGUUUUGGAAGUUGAAUUCUCUCGACUACUCUACAAAUGCUUUCAUGGAACAAAUGAGAUUUUCAGCGCUGAGAAGGAAUUUUACAGUUCCAGAAGUGAUGGAGUUCUUUCCAGUGUAUCCUCGAAAUUGGCCUUCUCAAUUUAAGGCAUCUGAUUUGAAUUUGACUUCGAUGUCAGAUGAACAAAUUGAAUACCUCUAUGACAGACACAAUAACAAUGACGGCGCUUAUAUUCCUAGAACGAACACUAAACCAGUGGAAGAUGAAGAGGGUGAUAAUGAACCCGAAGAAGAAAAUGGGCUUAAAAGUCAAUACCGAACUUCUGCAAGUGAUCUUUUUUCACAAAUUCUUUCAAAAUUGGAAUUGAAACAACCUAUGAUUUAUAAGAGUAUUCAAAGCGUUUUCAAUAAGAAGCAAUAUGAAUCGUAUUUCGCUUCCAACGCCUGGGCAGUAAGUGGAAACAAAACUAAAAGCGGAAAGCCAAUGCUAGCUAAUGAUCCACACAUGACAUUAACUUCUCCUCUUCCUUUCCUAAUGUUCCAUUUAGUUUCAGAUGAGAGCGGUUUGAACGUAAUUGGCUCUGCAUAUCCACUUGUUCCAGGAGUAUUUGUUGGUCGUACCACAAAUACCUCAUGGGGAAUUACUUCAUCAGGAAGUGACGUUCAAGAUUUAUAUGUCAUGCAUGAAACAUCUGAAAGCACAUACAUAGUGAAUGGAACUGAAAUGAGAUAUGAUAUUUUCCAAGAGGAAAUUCACUUAGAUAAUACUCAAAGAGUCACACUCUUUGUAAAGGAGGGUAUUUACGGCCCAGUAGUGAAUCCACUGUACAAACUUGAAAGCGCAGAACCAUUAGCGAUGAAAUGGGUUGGCCUUGCGAAAGAUGAUACCACUCUCAAUGCAGUAAUUGGAGCUAUGUAUCAAAACUCUUGGUGGGGAUUCUACAAUACUAUGAGCAGUUUUGUUUCACCACCAAUGAAUUAUAUUUACGCUGAUAAGGAGAACAAUAUUUGUAGUCAAGUUGUUGGAAGAAUUCCUAUACGUAAAUAUGGUCACAGUGGGCAGUUCCCUGUAUCUGGUAAUGGAACCUAUGACUACUUGGGUUAUAUUCCUUACCAAGAUUUACCUUUCGUUUGCAAUCCGAAAGAUAGACACUAUGUUAUUGCUGCCAAUGCAAUGAAUGAACCUCCUGGAUAUCCUUAUUAUUUGGGUGGAGAUGUAGCUACAAAGUAUAGGUUUGAACGCAUUGAAGAAUUACUGAGAGCCAAAACAAAUUCCUCUGUCAUGAACACCACCGAUAUGUCUGACAUUCAAUUAGACACCUUCUCCAAGCUGUUCGUUGAUUUUAAGCCAUUCAUAUCAGCAAUGAAAAAUCACAGCCGCAUAUUAUCUUUUGAUCAGGAAGUUUGGAGAAAGAAGUUAGAACAAUGGAAUGGAUAUCUCACAGUUGGAUCUAAAGAGGCCAGUUUAUUUGAAAUGUUCUACACAAAAUUGUGGGAUCUCACCAAAGCAGAUCUUGACGUAGAAAACUCUAAUGCUAUUUACAUCCUUAAUGCUCUCAAAAAGAGUGGUAAUUGCACAAAAUCACAAAAUCAAACAUGUCUUGCGUUUGCUACAGAAGCAUUCAAGCAAACAGUGAUCGAUUUAAAGAUAUUCUCUAGAAGUGAUGUUAUACCUUCGUGGGGUGUUGGUAUUCACUCGACCACAUAUUUCCAUCCAAUUUUCCAUAAUCAAUUUGUUGGAUGCUUUUGUGACAAACGACACUAUGUUUCUGGUGGUACCGAUAGCAUCAAUUUCUCAAGAGUGACUGAUAGGGCUGGUUUGGAUUCUUCACAUGGCGUCGGAUACAGACAAAUCAUUUCCAUGAGCGAUGCAGAUGGCGAUAGAUUCAUUACUCCCUUGGGUCAAAGUGGAAACUGGCUCGAUAGCACUUACAGCAACAAUCUCCAAAUUUUCGCAGAGGGAAGAUAUCAUCGUCUGAACAGAAAAGGCUACAAGGUCGAUACGACAUUGGUACUAAGUUCCGUUUAA